AUAGUACAGCCAUGACAGCUAAUGAGCAAAACGUCGAGUUUUUGACAAAUCUGCAAACUAAGGUCGCAACUCUGCUUGGAGUUCCAGUUGAAGUCAUCAAGUACAGUCAACCGCUGACCAUUUCGCAAUACUGGCCGGGAGGGUAUUAUCACGCCCAUCUUGACUCGAGUUUUUCACCUCGAAGCAAACCGUGUUGUUUUCAGACAGAAUGCCCUUCAAUAAACGGGACAGACAUUGAUAGUAUUGAAUGCUGCCAACUUUGCCGCGUGGCCACGGUGUUGCAUUACCUUGAAGACGUCGACGAAGGGGGCGAGACGGCGUUUGUAUUUGCUGACAAACCCUUGUCACACAUUCACAAAACAAUGGAGACCGAGGAAUGGUCAAAUUUAUCGAAAAACUGCGAACAAGCGGCGUUGAGAAUUAAGCCUAAGAAAGGAACAACCAUACUGUGGUACAAUCACUUUCUGGACCGACGGGGAUACCUUAGUGCAGUGGACCAAAGAAGCCACCAUGGGGGAUGCGAUGUUAAAAGGGGCAUCAAAUAUAUUGCUACAAAUUGGGUGCAGACGCCAUUCUAUCGGUAUCGACUGCUGCCAAGCAAAUAUUUAAAGAAAUAAUUCAGUUUGGAAUCAAAUAAGAUGAGUGGAUAAAAUAUAACCACAUGCAAGCCGGUCACCAUUGCAAAAGCACUAAUAUUGAACCUACAGAUGAAAUGCAAAUGAUAUUACAGCGAAAAUGUUUGUUUUAUAUAUCCAUGUAUAUUGGAAAAGUGUAAUACAAAACCAUUUAAUGGAUUUUUCAUUUUUAUUUUGGAAAACUGUUUUGAAAAAUCUUAAAGUGGCUGUGUUAUGUAUUUACAUCGUGCAUCUCAAUCGCCUUUCUCCCAGCGCUACGUAGUCUGUUUGAGAACGUGCCUCAAUAUUAACGCAUUUAUGCCUAGUGGACUCUCCCAUCCUUCUAAAUUAGAUCAAUUUAUUUCCAAAAUUAGGGGUGUCUAGUAUAUUAAUUUCUAUAUUUAGAAUAUUUUUUACAGAAAUUCAUUUUAGCAAACAGCGCAAAACAUGAUGCGGCGUCUCAUCUGGGUCUACGCUGUUUGCCAAGGCCUUUUUUCUAGACGCUAGGCAUAAAUGGGUUAAACUGUGUCACUCAUCGGACGGCGGACGGUUUCGAUGUGUCCAGUCUUGCCGAUGCCUG